ACGUUUUUCUUUUCUUCAACUCAAUUUUCUUUCUUAACUAUACUAUACCACAUCACACCACUUGUAUAAUUACAACUGUAAACAUCUGUACAGAUAUCUGAUCGUUCUUUUACCAUGUCUGGGACUUUCUCCAAAAGCGACGUCGCGUCGCAUAACAAGGGCGAUUCGCUGUGGAUCAUUGUCGAUGACGAUGUCUACGAUCUAACCAAGUUCCAAGAUGAACACCCUGGUGGAAAGAAGAUCCUGACUCGAGUUGCUGGAAAGGAUGCGUCCAAGCCAUUUUGGAAAUACCACAACGAUGGUAUCCUUAAGAAAUACAAGGCGUCGCUUCAAGUCGGCUCAUUAGAUACCAAGCCCAAAGCCGAACCAGCACCAGCACCAGAGCCAGCCCCAGCCCCGGCUCCGGCUCCGGCAGUAGCUACGCCAGCGAAGGAGAUUCAAAAAGCCGUGGUUCCCGCAACUGCGCAAGAAGAAGCCGAAGCGCUAGAACCCUAUGGCGAUCUAAUUCCAUUCGCAGACCCCAGUUGGUACCAGGGUUUCCACUCUCCAUACGUCAACGAAACCCACGCUGCACUCCGAAAAGAAGUCCGGGAGUGGGUCGAAAGCGCAAUCGAACCCAACGUCACCGAAUGGGACGAGAAGAAAGAGGUCCCACGCGAAAUAUUCCUGGAGGCCGGCCGCCGCGGUUACCUCGCUGGCCUGUUGGGUGUGCAUUACCCCGUGGAAUAUACUAAGAACACCGUGAAGGCGGUAUCGCCGGAUAAAUGGGAUCUUUUCCACGAAUUGACUAUCACCGAUGAGCUGUCACGUGUCGGAUCCGGCGGUUUUGUCUGGAAUAUGAUCGGUGGUUUUGGCAUUGGCGGUCCCCCACUAGUCAAGUUCGGCAAGAAGUCUCUAAAGGAUCGAAUUUUACCCGGUAUCUUGUCCGGAGAGAAGCGAAUCUGCUUGGCGAUUACUGAGCCCGAUGCUGGAAGCGAUGUUGCCAACCUAACUUGCGAGGCCAAGCUAAGUGAAGACGGCAAACAUUACAUCGUCAACGGUGAGAAGAAGUGGAUCACAAACGGUAUCUGGUGUGAUUACUUCACUACCGCCGUACGAACUGGUGGUGAGGGCAUGAAUGGUAUCUCCUUGCUCCUUAUCGAGCGUGACUUCGGCGGCGUGAGCACGAGGCGAAUGGACUGCCAAGGUGUGUGGUCGUCUGGUACCACAUACAUCACCUUCGAAGAUGUGAAGGUACCGGUUGAGAAUCUCCUUGGUAAGGAGAACCAGGGCUUCAAGGUCAUCAUGACCAACUUCAACCACGAACGUAUUGGUAUCAUCAUCCAAUGCUUGCGAUUCUCGCGUGUAUGCUACGAGGAAUCAGUCAAAUACGCAAACAAGCGACGCACCUUCGGCAAGAAGCUGAUCGAACACCCGGUAAUCCGAAUGAAGCUGGCACAUAUGGCGAGACAGAUCGAGGCAUCGUACAGCUGGCUUGAGAACCUGAUUUACCAGUGCCAGAAGAUGGGUGAGACUGAGGCUAUGCUCCGUCUCGGCGGUCCCAUCGCCGGCCUUAAGGCACAGAGUACCCUCACAUUCGAGUUCUGCGCCCGUGAGGCUAGUCAGAUCUUCGGUGGUCUGAGUUACUCGCGUGGUGGCCAGGGCGCCAAGGUUGAGCGCCUAUACCGUGAUGUUCGCGCCUACGCUAUCCCAGGUGGUAGCGAGGAGAUUAUGCUCGACUUGAGUAUGAGGCAGAGCAUGAGGGUCGCUAAGAUGACGGGUAUGAAGCUGUAAUUAUAGCAGGAAAGACGAAUGACAGUACGAUAUGUACAUAAGCAGGGUGCAGUUUUGGUUACUAUACGCACUUGGGCGCAUUGAAUUGGAUAUUCGGUCGGCGCGUUUAGGGGUUUGCAUUAAGAUUCGAGGCUUAAAUUAGUACCAUACAUGUCAUUCAUAACCCACCAAUUGAAUGGCUUGAACGAGUAAAUCCUUCAUUGUCGUCGUUUCUAUUGCCAUAAAUAGGAUUGUCGGUUUCAUUCGACCCAGUCACUCAUGAUGUUAGACAUUCCG